AUUUGAUCAAUAUUGCUGUCUGGUACACGUCACUCCACUCGCUCGACUUUACUUGCCAAGGUAAAAAAGAUUAAAGAUAAAAUUUGUGCACAAAGUGGAUGUGCAAUUAGUUAAUUGGGCAGGGAAUUUACCCAGUAUUAGAUUAACUCGUCCGCUAAUAAACGUGGCCAACGGGGCGAGGAAAAGGUGCAAUUUCAAGUGGAUUUUUGGGCAAAGAAAGUGUCAGGAACAAAACCAGCUGGUUUGUGUUUUUUUAUCAUUUUUAUUUAAUUAAAGGAGGUGAGGAGUUGGUCCGGACGAUGUGAAAUUGAUGUCCAUAUUUUAUGAAGAACAAAUUCUAACACACAUAACAGGACUAAUUUGGUUACAAUGACGUCCUUACACAAUGUGGAGUCUGCUCCAGCCUGUCUUUCUCAAGUCUCAACAACAACAGCCGUUUCGUCGUCGGGAAUUAGUAAUAAUAAUUCUCACGACCGUUCAGCUUCCGGUGCAGUCAUAGUGUCCCCAUUUUGGGGAAGAUGUACCAUGUCGAAUCGCCAAGUGUACAUUUUGAAGGGGGAAAUCUCCCUGUUAACAGCCAGCCUGAGACGGACACCGCAACAGAGGUGGUCGUCACAACAGGAUUUGAAGGGAGACUUUCCUCUUGUCAAACAACUCCAAGCCUUGAAAGAAUCCCUUAAUAUUAACACAAAAGCAGCCCUCAGCAAAAUUUCUCAAGAUGCAAACUACUUUCUCGUCCCAUUUUUAGACAUAAUCAGGUCUGAAGACACCUCCGGUCCCGUCACAGCUUUGGCUUUGUCUGCAAUAGAGAAGUUCAUCCUCAACGACCUCGUCAACGAAGGGAAUGGAGGGACGAGUGCCGCCGAAGCCAUCACUGACGCCGUGAUUCACGCCCAUUUCGUGUCGACUGAUUCGUCCUCAGAUGAAAUAGUGCUGAUGAAAAUUCUCCAAGUUUUGCAUCGACUAUUCGUCUGUCCCUUGGGGGCCUUGUUAUCCAACGAGAGUGUUUGUGAGUUAAUGCAAAGUUGUUUUAGAAUGUGCUUUAUAGAACGCGCAAAUGAGUUGUUGAGAAAAUCGGCGGAAACUGCGUUAAACGAUAUGGUUCGAUUGCUGUUCAUGAGGGUGAAAGAGUUCCCCGUCAGUACUGGUAAAAAGACCAAGAUUUUAGACCCCACACUAGAAUUGGCCGUAGAAGUAGCUAGGGAAGAAACGAACAAAACGGAAGAUUCGAAUAUUGACCCCGUCGUGGCAACCCCGUCAACAGAGUCGGAGCCUUCAGAAACACCAAAUAUUGUUCACACACAAGUGCCAGCAGAUGGUGGAGAGAACAACAUUGAACAAGUCGAAACCAUCACUCCCUCUGAAGGAAAUAAUGCCAGUUUACAAAAUUCCAGUAGUGAUAUCCACACUCCUGAACCGCCAGUUCCAAGUACUACUACUAGCCAAAUUCCCGUCAUUAACAUUGUGCACCCCACCCCCACUCAAGACUCCAACAAUAGAAACAUGAAUCCAAACGUGGUAGAAUUUAAAAACAAACGAGGUAUCCGAUUCACCACAGCAUCCGACAAGUCACUCGAGAAAAUCGAAGAGGUUGAAGCAGAUAAUUCCCAACAACAUCAUGGUGCUGACACUGGUGAAGAACCACUAUUAAAACAAAUGAACACACCAUACGGAAUCCCUUGCGUGAGAGAACUGGUCCGUUUUCUGGUCAGCUUGAUUAAUCCGCACGAAAAGCAAAAUUCUGAAACAAUGAUCCACCUUGGACUAAAACUACUCCUUAUCGCCGUAGAAUCAGACAUGGAAGCCAUCGCGAUGCACCCACCACUUCAAGCCAUUUUUAAGAAUGAACUCGUCAAAAACUUGAUCGCUCUACUUUCCUAUAAUUCUCCCAAUAACAACGGGUCCAUCAUCCUCCUUACCGUGUUAAGAAUUCUGUUCAUCAUUUUCGACAGCAUGAGAAUGGACAUGAAAUACCAACUCGAAGUCUUUAUCACCCGCUUGAUGGAAAUUAUCGGAGAUGGACAACAGAACCCAAUAAAUAUUAACCAAAACCAACAAAGUAGGUGGAUGUAUGAACAGAGAGAGCUUGCCUUGGAUUAUUUAACCCAGUUGUGGAAGCUACCCACUUUCGUGACAGAAUUAUACUUGAACUACGAUUGUGACCUAUUUUGUUCCAAUUUAUUUGAGGACUUGACUAAACUCCUGUCCAAGAAUGCAUUCCCCAUGCAAACGGGAAUCAAUUCCAUCCAUCUCCUCUGCCUUGAAGGCCUCGCAUCAAUUUUGGAUGGUAUCGAGUCACAUUGUACGACUCGACUGAAUUCGACGAGUAGUGGGGUCAAUACGUCGUCAUCUUCCUCAUCAGAUGAGUCAAACUCAUCAGUAUUUUAUCACGACUAUGAGCCAGGUGAAGUCAAGUUGGAGAAAUCUGACGAGUCUGGACAACUUCCAACCCAUGAGCAGUUGAUGGCGAUCAGACAUAAAAAGAAAUUAUAUCACACGGGAAGUGAUCAAUUUAAUCAGAAUGCUAGCAAAGGAAUAGCAUUUCUUCAAACGAACGGAAUUCUCUCCACCCCUCUCGAUCCUGCCGAAGUAGCCCAAUUCCUUCGUGAUAAUCCCCUCCUCGACAAGAAGACUAUCGGUGACUACAUUUCGGCCUUAAAACGAGGCGACAUUCUUCGGGAAUUCGUCAAAGCCUUUGAUUUUAAAGGAACCCGGAUUGAUGAAGCACUGCGACUAUUUCUCGAAACGUUCCGCUUGCCUGGCGAAUCUCCCCUAAUUUCCAACAUAUUAGAAAAUUUCGCCGAAGUUUGGACUUGCGCAAAUGAUAACCCAUUCGUAAACGUUGAUGCCGCGUACACUCUCAGCUACGCUGUUAUCAUGUUGAAUGUGGAUCAGCACAAUACGAACGUGAAAGCUCAGUGUAUGACGUGGGAACAGUUCAAAAAGAAUUUAAAAGGGGUCAAUGGUGGACAAGAAUUCGAUCCCGAGAUGUUAAAUCAGAUCUACAAUGCUAUCAAGUCGGACGAAAUUGUUAUGCCUGCUGAACAUACGGGAGUCCUGAAGGAAAACUAUUUAUGGAAAAUGCUUCUUCGACGAGGGUCCACCUCGAGGAGUAAAUUUCUCUGCCCCAAAACGGACGAAGGUCUUUACGAUCACGACCUAUUCAGUUUAUCCUGGGGCCCGAUCGUUGCUGCGUUGUCAUUCAUCUUCGACAAAACUACCGACGCUGCCAUUGUGAACAAGACCAUUACAGGAUUUCGUAAAUGUGCUACCAUCUCAGCUCACUACGGAAUGUCAGACGUGUUCGACAAUCUGGUCAUCUCCCUCUGCAAGUUUACGACACUAAUUAGUGGAAAUCCCGACCUAGGGUCGAAUAUAAAGGCGCAGAAUGCGUCCCACACCGUAUUCCAGCUUGUUCAUCGUCACGGAGGAAUAUUACGAGAAGGGUGGAAAAAUUUUAUCGAUUGUCUCGUCUCGCUAUUUAAGAUGCAAACUCUGCCUAAAAUGUUGACGGAUGCGGAAGAUUUUACAGAACCUAGUGGACGUGUUAGUCUCGUCCGGAAUACGCAGACGGUGACACCCAGACCAGAAACUGGUCUAUUUUCCAGCCUUUAUUCAUACAUUGCUCUGAGCACGUCAGACAACUCGCCAGGAAGCAAGUCCAACCUAGAUGAGGAAGAAGUAAAAAAGAAAACGGUUACCCUGAUCCGUGAAUGCCAUCCAGAACUCUUGUUAUCAGAGUCAAAGUUUCUUCCCUUGGACUCGUUAAAUGAACUCAUCAAGAAUUUAAUUUAUGCCAGCCCCGUCCCUGAAAAUAAUUUGAGUCGCAGGAAGGACUAUGAUGAGGAUUCUGUCGUCUUUGUAUUAGAAGUUUUAAUAAAAAUCUGCAUUCAGAAUCGUGAUCGUGUCAUGGUCUUUUGGGAUCCGUUAAGGGAACACUUAUUUUCCAUGAUUGUGGCGUCGGCAACGUGUGACAUGCAAUAUUUAUUGGAGAGGUCGACUGUAGGACUGCUCAGAUUGGCAUUGAGGUUGAUGCGAAAAGAGGACAUUUGUGGAAUUGUCCUCCAAAGCUUGAAAAUCCUCCUCUACUUGCGACCAUCAUCCAUUAUUCAUCUAAGUCAACAAAUUUCAUUUGGACUUCAUGAAAUUCUAAAAACGACAGCUGCAAACAUUCACACGACGGAGGAUUGGACAAUUAUAUUUGCUCUAUUGGAAUACGUUGGAGCUGGGAAAGUUCCAUCUGGACCUCUGACCGCUGUUUCAGUCGAUGUUGCUCCUCCUUCUCAACCACAACUACAACCCUCUGGUUCUGAUUCAGCCAUAAACAACUCCACGUUAAAAUCCUUAGGGGGAUCAGGACUUCAACAUUCACAAUCCCAAGAUCCUAUCGCGAUUCCACUGUCGACAGAGUAUAGCUCAGGAUCGGAUAGAGGAUACACGUCUGACUCCGAGCUUGAAAUAAGGUCCACCGCUUCAAAUGAGCACCGACUUUCGGGCGUUUCUCCAGCGCAAAGUUGGAUCCUAUUGACUCACUCUCAAACCCCCGAGGACACGCCUUUAGUCACACCGCCAUCCUCAUCGCCAUCAAAAGUUGCCAAAACUCUGGUUCAAGAGCGACAACAAAUUAAUUUCACUCCAGAUCCAAAAGCGUUGAUGAAGAGUUGUGAAACUCUAAGUUUCCUCGUUAGAGAUGCUGCUCACAUCACACCAGAUAAUUUUACAAUUUGUGUCGCUGCUAUUAAAAGUUUUGUAGACGCUUGCCUCGGAAGAGGCACCCUAAAAAUUAUUGGAAGCAAGUCACGAACCAUGGUGGAUGGAAAUGUAACUCGGAAAAUGAAACGUGGAAAGAAGCAGUCAUCUGGAGGAAGCGAUAGUCUUCCAAGAAGUAAAUCAUUCCCCUCGUCACAUGGAAAUAAUGCAUAUGAUGGUGACUACGAAAGCGACCCGGAAGCGGAUCAAGCAGCCGCUAGUCAACACGUAUCAAUUCAGCUACUGGACCUCCUUCACACCUUACACACACGAGCAUCCCAAAUCUUCCAAUGGUGGCAGAAGGAAAACAUUUUCUCCACCACUGAAUCAAUUUGGACCCUUAGUUGGAAACCUCUCUUGCAAACCAUCGCCACUCUUUGUGCCGACAGCCGGAAACAGAUUCGAACCACAGCAAUUGCCUACUUACAACGAGCCCUAUUGGUUCACGACCUUCAACAGCUCUCUCCAGCCGAAUGGUGCUCCUGUUUCAGCGAAGUCUUGUUCCCGUUAAUGUCUCGACUUCUGGAACCAUUAAAUCCAAUGGAUCCUCAAGGAAUGGAGGAGACUCGAAUGCGUGCUGCAACUUUACUCUGUAAAGUUUUUCUUCAACAUUUGACCCCACUCCUGGGUCUCGAGAAUUUCCCCUCCCUAUGGAUGGAUAUUCUUUCUUAUAUGGAAAAAUAUUUAAAUUGUGAUAAAAAGAGUGAACUCCUUACCGAGGCAAUUCCCGAAAGUUUGAAAAAUCUUCUACUUGUGAUGGACACUGCUGGGGUAUUUCACACACCGGAGGGCUACACCAAAUUAUGGGUUUUAACAUGGGAGAAAAUCGAUUCGUUCCUGCCCAAUCUUAGAGCUGAAAUGUUUACUGUAGUCCACCCUACAAAACAACAGACUCAUAAUCAGCCCCCUCAACAACGUGCCAGCAGUCCCAAACCACCACAUGAAAAUGCCAGCCUUAUGAUCCCCCCGCCACAAAGUGCUGAAUUGCCAGUAUUUUUACAGUCACACAAUCCAGACCCUCAGCCAGCACAGCCUGAAUUACAUCUUGUUACGUCGGCCACGCCAACCAUUCCAAUUCCGAUGUCUUAUCAGCAUAAUCAUCAUCAUCCAUCUGAACCACCCGGCUCUAAUUCGCCAUCUCCGCCACCUUCCAUUUAUAAAAAUAGUCCUGAGUAUACUUCCAUUUGUUUUGGUGAUGACGACUCUCCUCCAAGAACUGACAAUCCAAUUCCAACCACUAAUCAACAACCUCCAGAAUCAAGUUAAUCUUAAAUUAGCAUAUACUUUAGACAAAUGACUUGUCCAAAACGGUUUAAAAAUAAUCAAAUAAUAAACUAAAUCCGCAAAAUUAUAUACAUAAGCAUGCAUGCAUAUUUGUUCGCAUUUAAGAAUUUAAGAAAUCUUUGCGGUAAUUUUUUCGUCUUUUUCUACGCAUGUCUUGAUAAUGAAUUGCAGAUAGCAUUCGUAAUAUUGACAAAUAGAGCCUAACUUUUCCUCGCUUUCCACUAAAACUUCCGUGUAAUCCAAUUAAAAGUGCUAGAUAUUUAGCACUUUCACACAACCUUGCAUAGUUAUACGAAAUAUAUAAAAAAUAAAAUUUUGUUACUUAAAUAGUAUUAUAGAAUGCAAUGUCAGAUAGAAUUAGAGUAAGUAUAAUAAAAACAUGCAGCCUUAAAUAAUA